GGAUUUGUUUUGAAAGGCGCAAAGCUCGCGCUGAGAAGAUAAACACACACACACACACACACACACACACACACACACACACACACACACACACACACACACACAAACACACACAGAGAGAGAGAGAGAGAGAGAGAGAGGACGAGUGCUGAGUUAAUCCUGAGUGCUGAAGUUUUGAGCCAAAAUGGCGGAUGAUGCAGACAUGAGGAACGCGCUGACAAACCUGCAGGAGCGAGCGGACCAGCUGGGCGAUGAAUCGUUAGAGAGUACUCGGCGCAUGCUACAGCUGGUGGAGGAGAGUAAAGAUGCUGGCAUCAGGACCCUGGUUAUGCUGGAUGAACAGGGAGAACAACUGGAGCGUAUUGAAGAAGGGAUGGAUCAGAUCAACAAGGACAUGAAGGAGGCAGAGAAGAACCUGACAGACCUGGGGAACCUCUGUGGACUCUGUCCUUGUCCCUGUAACAAACUGAAAGAGCGAGGGCAGAAUUGGGGAAAUAAUCAGGAUGGUGUUGUCUCCAGUCAGCCUGCUCGUGUGGUAGAUGAACGUGAGCAGAUGGCCAUCAGCGGUGGAUUUAUUCGCAGAGUGACAAAUGAUGCCCGUGAGAAUGAGAUGGACGAGAACCUGGAGCAGGUCGGGAGCAUCAUCGGGAACCUGCGUCACAUGGCUCUGGAUAUGGGCAACGAGAUCGACACUCAGAACCGGCAGAUCGACAGGAUCAUGGACAUGGCUGAUUCCAACAAAACGAGGAUUGACGAGGCCAACCAGCGCGCCACAAAAAUGCUAGGAAGUGGCUAAAAGUCCACAGAAAUUACUAUCCUUCUGUCCCACUUCCUUUUUCCUCUUCUAUAUAUUCACUCGAUAGCUUUACACACACAUGUAUACACACACACACACACACACACACACACACACACACACACAUUGUAGAAGUUGCUUUUCUCUAUUAUAUAGCAGUGAUUCAUGAUUCAUGAUUCAUUCCUUUUAAAUGACUCCUUUAAUUGACCUGCAAUCACGAACAAAUCUCACACUGAUUCUGAAAAUUAAGAAACUUUUUAACUUCCUGUCAGUUAAAGUUGUAGAAAAUAUAAAAAAAAAACCUUCUGAACCGAAAUGACAUGAACUCAGAAAAUGCCAAUACUCUUAUCAGUUAGAAUCAGCACAAGUUUAUAGUUAUAAUGUACAGAUUAUAGGUAUUUAAAGAGAGUAAUCAUCAAGUCUCGUGCUGGUCCAGUGACACCUGGACCACCCAGGCAGAGAACUAACCCAGCCAAUGAAGGGUUAACUCUCAGCGCCGGUCCCAGGCCCAGGUAAAAUGGGAGGGUUGCACAGGGAAGGGCAUCUGGGGUAGAACCUGUGGACCAGAUGAUGUGCUGUGGCGACAACAACAUAGAGAUUAAUCAUCAACACCUGAGUCAAAUAAACAAAUGAAUCAAAUUGAAUUGAAUCUGACUCACUUAAAUGAGUAGUUAGAAGUAAGUUUAAUUAGUGAUUCAUGAUAUUCAUCACUCACAUAACCACAUGCUGUAAAUACACACGCACUCUGUUCUGUACAUCUAAGUGUAUGUAUAUAUACAGUGCAGCAUCUGAUAACUAAUGUGAAGCUGUUUUGUUUUUUAAAUAUAUGUAUUUAAUCUUUCCUGAAUAACACGUAACAACAGAUCACUACACAUCUAAUUAUAUUCCAUCUGUCAAACUUCCUCUUGCUCUCUCUCUCUCUCUCUCUCUCAUACAUACAUUAUACAUCUCUCUCAUACAUACAUAAGAGAGAGAGAGAGAGAGAGAGAGAGAGAGAGAGAGAGAGAGAGAGAGAGAGAGAGAGUUAUAUGUCCUGUACACACUUGUAGUGUAUAACUCCAGUAUUGUGUCUAGUUUACGUCUACUUUUUCAUGGACAUGUUGAAUUUGCACACGAGAUUCAGACAAAGAUAAUCAGACAUACAAGAAGGGGAAGGAAACAGAGAUUGGAAUAAAUGAUGUGUGUGUGUGUGUGUGUGUGUGUGUGUGUGUGUGUGUGUGUGUGUGUGUGUGUGUGCUAAAACCUGGCACUGUUUAGCUCAGCAGUUGAGAGAUUCUCAGAUGGAAAUGAGACAGAUUUAAAGUUUAAAGUUCAUGAUGUGCUUCAACAUCAAAGUUGAUCUGAAUGUAAAACCUUCAUCCUGCUCCCUUUACUACUGGGUCACACUUUGUGUUCAACUCCAUAGAGAAUAUUGUGAAGGAAAAAGACAAUAAAAAUGCAAGAGCUCUAAAUGAGCAGAACAUCAUGUAUGGAAAAGAAACUGAAUCAUUUCUCAACUAUUUUCAGCUUUACUUUAAAUAAACAUGUGAGACGGUAAAGUGUUAAUGCUGUGAUGAUGAUGAUGAUGAUGAUGAUGAUGAUGUUGGAAAAGCUGCAUGUCACUCCAACACACUGAUCCUCUUUUAGCUCUGGAUUAUGUGGGAUUAAGGUUUAACACACACACACACACACACACACACACACACACACACACACACACACACACACAGACAGAGAGAAAAUUAU